ACCGAAUGCGUUUCGUGUCCGUCCGCGCAGUUUUUAAUUGUUUUUCUAUGUAAACGUCCGCUAGACGGAUGUAUUUGAGCGUUACGCCGCGUCUCGAUGUGUUUACAGCGUCUCUUGCAGACGCCAUGUCAGAUUAAAAAAAGAGGGUACAUUUUUAAAAACGCUUCUCGAGACACGCGUUGUUGCAUUGGUUUAGCGGUCUGAAAAUGUAGAAUAGAAGGUGAAACAUUAGCAAACAUCUGUUUCUAGGCAGCAUGGAUCAUGAACUUUUUAAUUUGCGUCGUUGAACGCAUCGAAAGAAAUAGUUUUAUGCGUCCAGUUGAGUCAACACAGUAGCGUUCAGAAACGCGUGUUUUUGCGGAAUAGCUCACUUUCAAAACAAUUACGUAACUUUUUCACAGAAAGGCUUUUGAAACUCCGGAGAUGUGUACAGUACAGGAUGAAAAGCUGUUCCAGGACAUAGAGCAGAGAUUGCUGGAUGAAGGUUUGGACUCUUCAGCAUCCUGUGAAGAGCAUCUGCAUUUUUUGUGGAAUCUUUUCAUGAGCAGUGAAAGUACUGUGAGCUCUCUCAACCAGCAGAUACAAGAUCUGCAGAAAGAGCGUGUCGCUGAGAUCGAAAAGGUUCAGCAAUAUGUCAGUCAUAUUAAGAGUCUCACAAAGACACGUGACUCUGUGGCGUUACAUCUCGAGCAAGAAAAUGAAACGCUUCGUGGCACUAUAGAAGACAUUCAUCUGCAGCAAGAGACACAGAGGAGCGAGAUCGCUGAGAUGUUGCUUCAAGAGGGUCUGGCUGAUAUUAUUCCCAUCAGCCUCUGCGAGCAGGUGGCCUACCUCCUUGCCGACAGAGCCUCUCUGCAGGAGAAAACACAAAGCCAGGAUGUGGAUAUGAAGGCCACAUGCUAUCCUGAUGGCCAAAAGGAGCCAACCUCACAGGGUCUUGGAGAGAAUGUGGUCGGGGUGGCGGCACGACAAGUUCAGAGCCCUUGGAAGAGACUCCUUGGACUCAAAAAGGCUGCUCAGAGUAAACAGAAGUCGACUCCUGUGGUUGAUCCACAGUACUGUGGGAAUAGUAAUCUGAAGGGGCGAACGCUGCAAGAACUGGAGCGAGAUGUAGAAGAGGCCUCCGCACGCCUCACCAUGGCCCACAAGGAGAUCCGCAGACUCACGGAUGAGCUUGAGUCUGCUCACCUAACCCAGAAAGCUUAUGAACCAGAGCUGCAAGAAGCUCAGAUGAAGAUUGAACUCCUCAGACAGGAACUGGAGAAGCUGAAGCGCUGUGAUGUGGCUGAACUACAAAAAACUAAAGAAACAAACAAAAAAUUGGAGGAAGAUUUGUACCAUCUAAGGGAGACAGUGAAGUUAUUACAAGCAGAGCAUCUACAAUUGCAGGUGUUGGAUGAAAACUCUGACAGCUCUGCCACUCCACCACAAGAAAAGACAUCACAGGAAGAGAAUAUCCAUAAACGGUGUCAUGAGGAGAUGCAGGAGAGGUUGAGCGUCCUACAAGAUAUGACGCAAGUCACGUUCAAGCUCCAGGUGGAGUUUGAGAUGGAAGCAGAUCUGAGGAGGAGAACAGAGGAGGAAUGCGAGGAACACAAGUUGAAGAGGAUAGAGGCAGAGCAGCUGGUUCAAGACUUCCAGAGACUCUGUGAGAAGCAGGCAGAAGAUUAUAGGACCACCAUUGGCGGCCUUCACGUGGAGAUCAGAGAUUUAGUGGCUAAGUUACAAAAGCUAGAGGCCCAGGAAGUGGAAAGACAAUGCAAGGAACACCUGAAGCAGUUGUCCUCUCUGAACGAUGAAGUUUGCAAUCUGAAGUCAGUCCUCCAGGAAAUGCAGGAGAAGAUGAGACAGCAGUCCACGGCCAUGCAGAGGCAAAUUGACCAGACCAAAGCUUUGGUCCAGUCACAGGAGGUUCAGCUACAGCAGGAUGCUGAGAAGCAAAAGAGGUUGGCUGUGGAACUUCAAAGAACCCAGAACAUCAUUAGCACCACCAAACUUGAACUGCUCUCCGAGAGAGAAAACAAUACACAGCUACUAAGAAAUAUCACUGAUCUGGAGCAGGAAAACUUGAAGCAGCUCCAAGAAUAUAUUAAUGACUCGGAGAGCAGACUGACCAGCAGUCAACAGGAGACUGAAUCUCUCAGGACAGAACUUCAGCUCGCCCUAGUUAGUGUGGAUGCUGAGAGGAGUAAAUACAACAACAAGCAAAUCCACUACAAAAACAAGCUGAGCCGUGCCAAAGGAGUGUACCUGAGAGAAAUAGGGUGGCGCGACGAAAAAAUAAAGGACUCCGAGAAAGAGAUUUUCAUUCUCAAGAAGCAGGAAGAGAAGAGGUCAGACAUGAUGGAGAUAAUUUCAUCUGAAAAUGAGAUGCUGCUCCAGAAGACGAGAGACCUUUUUUCUCAACUGCACGAUUUGGAAGAGGCACAAAAAAAUGCUUUAGAUACGGUUUCCUCCAUGCAGAUGAGGAUACAUUUGCUUGAAGAAGAAAAUAUUCAUCUACAACAAACAACAGCACAAAUGUCCGAGCGCAUUGAAUGCCUGGCAAUACUGGCCGAGACGAAUUGUGACAAUUCUUCAACAAGUCCAGAAGUCACUGAAGAGAGCCGCAUCAUAGAGGGAGAAGACCAACCUGCCCUGCCCACAUAAACAUCUUCAGAUCUCUUUUCAUUGUAAAUUACUCCUAAAAUUAUUUUUGUACAUUUUGUAAGUUAUAAAAUCUAUUAAUAUUUCUAAAUAAUCAUACAAAUGAUCUCAAGCUGUUUUUAUUUUAUGCAACAAAAACCUUCCAUUCUUCUCAUUUGAGUCAUGUAAGGGGUUUCCAAACUGGGGUCCAGGGACCCCCAGGGGCAGUAAGGGGGUCUGCAAAAAUUUUCAGAGAAAGAGUGAGAAACGUAAGACUUUUUUUGUUUCGUCUUACAUUAUUACCCUUUCAUUCUGAAAUCACAAUUAUUUUAUUGUGUUGACGUCCAUAGUAAGAAAUAAAAACAGAAAUAAAAAUAAAUUGGCAUAUAAUUUAAAGGAAUAUUCUGGGUUUAAUACAAGUUAAGCUCAGUCAACAGCAGUUGUGGCAUAAUGUUGAUUACAACAAAACUGUAUUUUGACUCGUCUCUCCUUUUCUUUAAUAAAAGCAAAAAUGGAGGUUCCAGUGAGUCACUUACAAUAGAAGUGAAUGGGGGCCAAUUUUUGAACAUUAAAAUAUUCACUUUUUCAAAUAUAUAGCCACAAGACAUAAACAUUAUGUGUGUAAAAAUUAUUUUAGUGAUAAAAUCGCUUUCUGUGUAAAGUUUUUUUACAACUUCUUUACCUUGAUGAUGUAAUGUUGACAAACCCUAAAAUGACUAUAAAUAUGGCGAUAAACAACUUAAAAUCUCAAAUAACACACAAGUUUUAACAGAAGAAUUCAUAUAAGUGUUUUUAUAAAAUUAUAAGUUUCUUCAAAUUUCUGCCUUUAAAAACUUCAAAUAUCAGCCCCUAUUCACUUCUAUUUUAAGUGCCUCACUGGAACCUCCAUUUUUGCUUUUUUGAAGAAAAGGAGGGACGAGUCAAAAUAAUUUCAUGUGGUAAUCAACAUAGUCACAAAUGCUGUUGAAUGAGCUUAACUUGUAUUGAACCCGGAAUAUUCCAUGAUGAAACAAGUGUUGUACUAUUCUCUGUAAAGCUGCUUUGAGACAAUCUUUAAUGUUUUAUUGUAUACUUUAAAUUGAUUGAUAAAGCACUUUUUACAAUAAAUGUAAAUAUUUCAAAUGAGAGAUUUUCUUAAUUAUAUGUUUUAAAUAUUUAAUAACUUAUUUUGGCUUUAGUAUAAUAACAAUAAAAAAGUUAAUUAUUUAAAUUUUGCAAACAAGAAGUCUUUAAAAUGUAAUAUUGACUGCUUUUCCCACAGGGGGUUCCUCACAAGGGGAUCAUCAAAUGUUGUGGUUAUCAUUAAAAAGUUUAAAAACCCCUGAUGUAAGACUGACUCUCAUUUGAGAGUAAAAUCGUUUUAAAUUGUACAAAUCAAGCUUAUUAAGUUUUGAAGCAAUUAUUUAUUUUUUGUUUAUUAUUAAAAAGU